CAUUCGCUCUUGCCCAAUGAAAGUUGUCCCAUAGGCUGCUAGAUGGCACGGCAUGUAUCAGUAGGCCUCCUUGUAGCGGUUGUUUAGCCUGCAAGUCGAUAUGAGAAAAUUUCGGUCAGUUGUGCGCGCCGCGUUGUCGAGUGAGCUGAGGUUGUGAGUUGUUGGUGAGGUGAGCUGCGGCGGGAUGUACAGCUGACCUAGCACAGAGCGGCAUGGGAGAACCACCAAGUUAGCAAGCCUCCAUGGUGUGAAAAACACGGCGGUCACCUUUUCAAUCUGUCAGCGAGGAGUGGGCGAUGCCGGCCCUCAAGCUGUUCGGCCGCAAGUGGUUGGCAGCUACGGAUGACUUCGUCUACCCCGGCCUCUUCGAGAUCGCCUUCCGCCUCGUGUGGCUCGUGCUCGUGGCGGUGGUGCUCUGCCGCUACUACGAGGCGACAUGGGAGUGCUCGCGGGGCGGAGACCUGGUGCGCAUCUACCUGGCCGGCAAGCUGGCGCUGCUGGGCACCAUCGUGUGCGUGCUGAUGGUGCUGGUGAACCGCAGCGCGCAGGGUGCCGUCAUGGACACCGAGGCCCGCCGCUUCGUCCCCGCCAUCGUCGCGACCAAGAUCCUGCUGAUCGUCCCGGAGAUCAUGUGGAACGUUCUCGGCUCCCUGUGGAUCUUCAGCAGCAUCAUCGAGUGUGGCGAGGAGAGCUUCACUGUGAUUGUGGUUGAAACGCUGGUGCUGUUCAACUGGCUGCUGCUGGCGGUGACGGUGUUCGGGCUGGCGCUGGUGUUCGACCCGCUGGGCUCGGUUCAGCUGAGCAGCGAGGAGGCGCACCACCGCCGGGUCACCGGCCUGUGGAUGUGGCGCUUCCAGUGGGCCUUCUGCUGGGUGCGCAAGGACCGCCUCUGCAAGGAGGCCUUCCAGCAGGUGGCCGCGCUGUUCAGCUGCCUGUUCCGGGGCACGGACCUGGUGCCGUCCGACUUCAUCGCAGGCUUCAUCCUGCUGCGAGUGAAGCAGAAGCGAGAGGCGAGGGAGUACCGGCGACACGAGCUGCUAGCGGACGAGCCCAGCUAUACCACUGACAUAAACGAGGUGAUGCAGGACACACCGUCGUGGAUGAGCCUGGAGCUGGCCCUCCACUACCUCAAGUACUCGACAGCCACGUACUCGUGGCCCUUCGUCAUGUACCGCUGGCCCUUCAGCGGCCUGUGCCGCCUCGCCGGCAAGCUGGUGUGCUGCUCCUGCCUCAGGCAGAAGCCGACCAACGUGGUGGACGACAACUGCUGCCUGUGCAACCUGGCCGGGCUGCGCCACCUCUGCGGGAUCCCCACGGAGGACAUCCUGUACGCUUCCUUCCAGAACUGCGUCUUCCAGGUUCCCUUCUUCGUUCUGCUGGACCACAAGACCAGCAGUGUGGUGGUGGCAAUCAGGGGUUCCAUCUCGCUGCGGGACAUUUUCACAGACUUCACGGCCGGCGCGGAGAAGUUCGAGGUGGAGGGCCUGCCAGACGACACCAUGGCUCAUAAAGGCAUGGUGAUGGGUGUGAAGCACAUCAAGAGUCGGUUAGAGGACCAGAAGAUCUUGGACAGUGCGUUUGCGUUGUACCCCACGUACAAGCUCAUCAUAGUGGGCCACAGUCUGGGAGCGGGGAUAGGAGUGCUGCUGGCGUUGCUGCUACGACCCAAGUACCCGGAAGUGAAGGUGUACGCCAUGUCGCCUCCAGCUGCUGUGCUCACGAGGGAGGCUGCCCGCUUCACGGAGCAGUUCACCUUCUCCGUCGGCGUGGGAGACGACUUCGUGAUGAGGCUAAGUGUGGACAGCAUCGAGAACCUGCGCAACAACAUUGUGGAUGCGCUGCGCAGGUCGCGACUGCCCAAGUAUCGAGUGAUGCUGAAUGGUUUUGGGUAUGCAUUCUUUGGUGUGCCCAACAGAGACCUAGACUCUGUCUGGAAGGCUGAUGAGAUACCAUCGUCCACUAUUCCUAAUGAUGUUCCCUUGCUAGAGUCAGCAGAGCCCAAACACGAAAGUGCCGUCGUGGCAGACGACCUCACGGUUCGUCGCUUUUCACGAGCACGUCUCUUCACUCCGGGUCGUAUUCUGCACAUUACGCGUAGAAAAAAGAGCAAAAUUGAAAGGCAGGGCAGCGAGGAGCAGCCCAGGUUCCAGGUGCGCUGGGCGAUAGCCGAGGAGUUCAUGGAGCUGCAGGCCCUGCCGCGCAUGCUGCUGGACCACCUGCCGGAGAGGGUGGAGGCCGUGCUGCAGUCCGCGCUGCUCGACAAGGAGGCCCUGCAGCCGGCCCGUUGACCUCCCCCCGCUGCCGACGUCCUGGCACUACGCUGGACGGCGAGAGAGAGAGAACACCCGGGUGGUCGUUCCUGAGAUCGCCAAGGAACCUCAAAUGGUGUCUCAUCACAACAUUUUUACACUUCGAUUUAUUUUUUUAUGCAUGCGAUUUUUUUUUUAAACGGAACAAGAUUUUACAAUUUUGGAGGCAGUUUUUUUUAUACGUUCACCGUUCCAUGAACAAAACUUUAACCUCAAUUUUAAAAUUACGUAAUUAUUUUUUGGCAUACAAAUUUUUGUGAUUCGAAGUUUGCGAAAAGUCCUUUUUUCUUAUACGCUGGUAAGAUGAGGGAGUUGUGAACGACAAUUUUUUUUUAUGCUGUGACCUUUUUCUUAGUGAAUACACUUUAUCAGCUUUGUUAGUAAGAGUGGUGAAAUGGCCACGCUUCUAAUGUUUACACAUACAGAAACCAUGUGUUGUGCUAAAGGUUAUUAAUUUUUUUUUGUUUAUCAUGAAUGUACAGAUUUAGAUAAAUUCUGAUAUGGUUUUUUUUUAUUUUGGAAAGAAACAAUAGAUUAGUACAUACUGGUUUGUUUAGAAAUGCAUACAAGGAGAAGGAAAUAUUGCUGUGAGUAAUUGCCACUAUGUAUAUUGUGACUUUUUAAGAACUGUGAUAACAUUAUCUGCUUUUUGCAAGAACCCUUUAAAAUAUAAUUUUGUACUAUUGUUGUUGUUUUUAAUCAGCAGCUUAUCAAAAUAUUAUAAUUUAAAUGAAAAAAAAAACAAUAUAUUUUUUACUGAACUGAAAAUUUUUUUACCAAUUGUGAUUAUUAAUGUUCAUACGGUAGCUGUCAAAGCUAUUUGCAUUUAGAGUAAGCUUACUUAAAUGUAAUAACUUGUACAAUAUGUAGUUCUUCGUAAGUUUACUUUGCUGUGAUACUUUUUUAUGGUUGGUGUUUUGUCUGCAUGUGCACAAUACUAGGGUCAGCUUUACGAUUCCGUAAUAAGUGGAUGUUAAAAGUUUGAGCGUCCAAUAAUUUACCACACAAUCUCGUGUUUUACUUUAGACAUUGCACAAGCAUUUUAUAUAUAUAUAGAGCUAUGUUUAUUGUGGAUUAAUAACAUGUACAUUUGUGACUGCAAAAUUAAUGGAUCCUGUACUUGAAAGCAAAUAAUUGUUUUUCCUACAAAGUAAUUUUUUUUAUAUCUAUUGUAUUAAAUUUUCAUUUGUAAAGUACGUCUCGAAAACUGAUUGUAAAAUUGUAGGAGCUAACACACAUAUGUAUGGAACAAACUGCAGCCAGCUCUAACAAUUACUUUAGAUUUAUUUUAAAAAACAUUAACUAUAACUUGGUAAACCUCGCAGGGCAUUGUGUUUUAAAGUACCUUAUCUGAAUCUCAAGAGUUACUACAUUAAUUUGCAGUAUUAUAAGUGUAACUAAAAAAAAAAGGCAAGUAACUGAAUAUUUCAGUCUAUUUGUAAUAUUAACACCAAUGUUGUACUUUAAGGUUGUGAGAACAUUCCACUGUUACAUUUAAUAAAUCAGUUAACUUCUUAUAUUUGUAUAAAAAAAUUAAAAAUAAACCUUUUGUAUAAAAAAA